CGCCUCCUGCGGGUGGAGUCGGUUACAAAGGCAGUAGCCGGCCUGGCUCCCGCACGCCCGCCCGCCCGCCCGCGCGCCGAGGCCUCGCGCUCCUCGCCAUCUUCCAGCCGCGCUCGGACGCGGGUCGCGGCGGCGGGGAGAGGCGGAGCCGCGAGAGCGCGGCCCGGGCCGGCCCCGCGGGGCGGUCGCGGCCGUGACGGCGGCUCCCGGCUCCGGCUCCCUUUCCUCACCCCUCCCGGCUCCCUUUCCCUCACCCCUCCCGCCGGAGAUGAGGGGAAGAUGUCCGUGUCAGGGCUCAAGGCCGAGCUGAAGUUCCUGGCGUCCAUCUUCGACAAGAACCACGAGCGAUUCCGCAUCGUCAGCUGGAAGCUGGACGAGCUGCACUGCCAGUUCCUGCUGCCGCCGCCGCCGCCGCCGCCGCCGGGCAGCCCGCAUCCGCCGCCGCCGCCGCCGUCGCCGCUCACACUCCACUGCAACAUCACGGAGUCUUACCCAUCUUCUUCGCCAAUAUGGUUUGUGGACUCUGAUGACCCAAAUCUGACAUCAGUUCUGGAACGCUUAGAAGAUACUAAGAACAACAAUUCGCUUCGUCAGCAAUUGAAGUGGUUGAUAUGUGAACUCUGCAGAUUAUAUAACCUUCCUAAGCACCUGGAUGUUGAGAUGCUAGAUCAACCACUGCCCACGGGUCAGAAUGGGACAACAGAAGAAGUAACUUCAGAAGAGGAAGAAGAGGAGGAGAUGGCUGAAGAUAUAGAAGACUUGGAUCACUAUGAGAUGAAGGAAGAAGAGCCUAUUAAUGGGAAAAAGUCAGAGGACGAAGGGAUCGAAAAAGAAAAUUUGGCAAUAUUGGAGAAAAUCAGGAAGACUCAAAGGCAAGACCAUUUAAAUGGUGCAGUGUCUGGGUCGGUACAAGCGUCAGAUAGACUCAUGAAGGAGCUCAGGGACGUCUACAGAUCGCAGAGCUACAAGGCAGGGAUUUAUUCAGUGGAAUUAAUAAAUGACAGCUUAUAUGACUGGCAUGUCAAACUACACAAGGUUGACUCUGAUAGUCCUUUGCACAGCGAUCUUCAGAUCUUAAAAGAAAAAGAAGGCAUAGAAUAUAUUUUGCUUAACUUCUCUUUUAAGGAUAAUUUUCCAUUUGAUCCUCCAUUUGUUCGAGUGGUUUUACCUGUUCUCUCAGGAGGGUACGUGUUGGGUGGAGGAGCACUGUGUAUGGAACUUCUCACGAAACAGGGCUGGAGCAGUGCCUAUUCCAUAGAGUCCGUCAUCAUGCAGAUCAACGCCACCCUGGUGAAAGGCAAAGCCCGAGUGCAGUUUGGAGCAAACAAGAAUCAGUAUAAUCUAGCACGAGCCCAACAAUCCUAUAAUUCCAUUGUACAGAUACAUGAGAAAAAUGGCUGGUACACACCUCCAAAGGAAGAUGGCUAACUACAUUGACAUAUGUGUGGACCAAUGUUGCUUUAAAGAAAAUUGUUCCAACGUGCAGACAUAAGCUUUUGAGUGCCCGUAUAACAGCAGUACCGAAGACAUUAGCUAAUAGAUCAUUUAGUGGAUAAUCUGUCACCUGACAUCCAGUUACAGCCUUUUCAUUUUGCUCACUUUAGGUAUCUUGGACUGAGCAGUGGGGCCUUUACUGUAUUUUUCCUGAUAAGUACAAGUACACGCAAUAGCCACUCCCUACCACUUCUUUCUUGAAAAGUGAAAUCUUUUAAGCAGGGAAGUCAGCAUCAGUUUACUGCAGCUGUGAUUUUAAAGUAACCUUCCUAUAUUGAGCCUAUGGGAUAUGAAGAUUUGCAAAAUCCUGUUUGUUUAGAGCCAAUAAAAGUUUAACUGAUGGUCAAUACUGGUUUAGAAAUUUUAGGUCUUCUAAACCAUAGCCUUUUCAGGUCUGAAAUAAUUUUAUUGCCAAAAUUAUGACAGGAAGCCUCUUCAUUAAAUUGUCAUACUUUUUCAUGGUUGUGUGAAGGUUUGAACUAUUCUGGAAGUAUGCUUUUAAUUGUAUUGUAUCAUAUUAGCUAAAGCAAAGCGAGGCAGCCACUUGGGAACAGUAAUUUCUACUGGGGCAGCGGAGUCCUGUUGGACUGAACUUGCCUCCUGUUGGUUCAGCAAUUCUUGUGAGGAGCCACAGUGUAGAGCCUGAAGUUCUAAAGUAUGAGGUCAUUUUACCUUUCCAUUUAUUAACGGGGUGUUGCAAUUGUUGAUAAACUAAUAAACUUAUGAAGUGAUUGGCACAAAGACAGAUUCCUUGAGCAAAAUUAUGCAAGAUACCUAAAUUGGAGACCCUUAAAUUUUUUGCUAUACUCAUAUAGUGGCAUUUACAUCAAAAGACCAGUAGGGAAUCAGCAGGGUUAAUUCUUUUAUAAAAUCAAUGGAACUUCCAUUUUAUUGCCUCACCUGAAUCAGUCUUCUUUGGUUGGUAAUUGACUUUCUUUUUAUAGUCCUAAGUUUGAUUUAAAUAUAAAUUCUAGCUAUUAAGCACUUUUAAAAAAGAAAUCCAGAAGCACAUUUUCUUGCACAAACCAGUACAAAGUUCAAAGGUGUUUCAUAUUCAUUUGAUUUGAGAUUUUUUUUUUAACUUUGUAAACCACAUCCAGGAGACUUGGCACUUGUGCACUUAAGUGUGCACGUGUGCAUUUUUAAGUGUGGGUUAAGUUUCUCUUGGUUCUGUUGGUUAAGAGGACAAGUAAAGAGAUCUGGUAUUCUUGAUCACUUGGUUACCUUUAAAUAAAUGAUUGCCAGUGGCCUAGAUAACAAGUGACAAGGCAGAAUUCUUCAACACAUUAUAAAGUUCCUUAAGCCUAAGGCAAAAUCUUGAAUACAUUAUUGAAUUCUUUAAUAUCCUAAUGGCUAGCAUAUUGACAGCUGCACAUUUGGCAUGCUUUUUUGGGAUUUUAUUUUUCAUUGCAGAUUUAUUUGGCAAUGUACAGUAAAUUUUGUAAACUUGCAUCAAGUUUAUGAAUAAAGAACCAUUUAAAAAUC